AUAUUAUUUGAAAUUGAUAUUUGACAAUAUUUUAGUCGUUAUUCGUUGGUCAGUGGUCAGUGCAUUUAUACAUUUCGUAGUGCGUACUAUAUUAAUCUGGACGAUUAGUAAUUUGUGUAUUGCAUUACACGGGUUAUUACAACUUUGUUAAUACAUUAUAAACAUGACUGAAAGAGUGAAUUUGGACGUUCCCCGUUGGGAUCAGACUCAGUAUUGGGGCCGAGUUAAGUACUUUUUAACUACUACCAACCCAUUAAAUAUUUUGAAGUCAAAUUCGGAAUUGGAGAAAUGCAAAGAAAUCGUCAACAAUUAUAAAAAAGGCGACAAUAUACCCGAUGGCUUGACAUUAGACGAUGUUUACAAGGCUAAAGACAUAGUUGACUCAGCGUUCCAUCCUGAAACAGGAGAUAAAAUGAUAAUUUUUGGGAGGAUGUCUGCUCAAGUGCCUAUGAAUAUGCUUAUUACUGGAUGUAUGGUUACGUUUUACAAAACCACACCAGCAGUUAUUUUUUGGCAAUGGUUCAAUCAAUCAUUUAAUGCUUUAGUCAACUACACUAAUCGGAGUGGUACCUCACCUAUGCCUCUUGAUCAAGUGGCUAAAUCUUACGUAUUAGCUACAAGUGGCGCUUUAGUUACAGCACUCAGUUUGAAUAAAUUGGUUAAAAGAUUACCAACUGUUGCUGGCCGUUUUGUACCGUUUGCAGCUGUUGCUGCAGCCAAUUUUAUUAACAUACCUCUAAUGAGAAUAAAAGAGCUGGAAAAUGGAAUUGAAGUGUACGACGAAAAUAAAAAUCUUUUAGGUGAAUCCAAGUCAGCGGCUCGUCAAGGUAUUUUGGCUGUGGUAUUAAGUCGCGUUUUAAUGUCCACUCCGGGAAUGGUAAUUACGCCAGUAUUAAUGGAAGCAAUAGAACGUAGAGGCCUUUUAAAAAAUAUGAAAUGGGCACCAGCGCCCUUACAAAUUGCAUUUUGUGGAGUCUUUUUGACUUUUGCUACUCCUAUGUGCUGUGCAUUAUAUCCACAAAUAUCGUCGAUAUCAAUUGACAAACUCGAACCUGAAUUACAGAAAUCAGCAGAAAAGUUCAAUUCAAAAAUUGGAUACUACAAUAAAGGACUCUAG